AGAUGAGUUCGCCGUACGCGAUCGAAGUUUGCUGAGAAAUCUGACGAUUUGUUGACGAAUAAUUCUUUGGUCCAUGUUUGUAUCGCUUUUCGGCGGCGAUUUGUAAACCGAGUUAUGGAGUGGUCGAAAGACAAAACAUUGAAGUUGAUCGAGUUGUUGCAGAUGAACGCUACUUUGUGGAACCCUUCGUUAUGCGAUACUCGGCGCGACAAACAAAAACGUAGGGAAGAAAUGCGCGCGAUAGCAGAUAUAUUAGGAAUAUCUAUACCGGACGCUGCGAAGAAGAUUCAACAUCUCCGCACGCAAUACAACAGGGAGUCCGCGCGGGAAGCGAGAGCUCACGCUGAUGAUCCUAACGACAGAUAUGUCAGUAAUUGGUAUGCAUUCGAAUAUCUACAUUUUUUGAAAGACUCCAACAAACCCUACAGAGUAUUUCAUUCAGAGGAGAAUCGAGAUGUUAUCGGUCCUCAAGCGCAUUCAGACAACGUAAAUGAUUGUAAGCUGGUAACCUUGUCUCCACCUGUAAAAGUAGCCCGCACUGACAACCUACAUUCACUGAAACCAGAGAUCAUUUACCCAGCAACUUCAAGAGCAAGAGAUGAGUUCACGGUAUUCGGGGAAUACGUAGCAAACGAGCUACGCUCAUUAAAGGGAGAGAAGAACUUGUUAGUGGCAAAGAAAAAGAUACAAGACAUAAUAUUUGAAGUUAAAAUGGGUAUGAUAUGUGAACCCAGAGCCGAACAUGGAACUGUGUGUACAGUAUUUGCUCACACAACACAGGCAGCACACAAUACCACAUCCAUACAUGGUGGUAAACUGUACACACCGGUGGUAAGCUCACCACCUCACAUAGAGCCCUUACCUGCUCCACACACACCACCAACUACAGGCAUUAGCGAGAUCAUAAUCAAUGGGGCUUGCCAUUAUUCCAAUUUUAAAGUUGAUACUCAAUAGCAGUGCCAUCCACUUCCAGAUGAGGAAGUGGAUAAGAACGAAGGAUACUCAAUUAGACAUUAAGGCUAUAGUUUAAGAUAUCUACAUAGAUAACAGUGGCAAAAUGUAAAAGGGAAUCUGACAACUUAUAGGCACUUAUAUGUAUGUAUGUCGUAAAUUGUUCAAAUGAUGGUCAGAUUUUACAUGGAUUAUGAAAGGGAAGUAAGCAUGAAUUGGGCUAUGUGUACACUCUGCCACUGAUAUAUAAUAAGGUUUAGUUAAGAAUUAAAAUUUAAUUAUUACAUAUCAUUUUAAAAUGUAUGAAUGUUACAAAAGCAGGAUCUAAAUAACUGAUGUAACUUUUGCUGCUAUUAUUUGGCUAAUUGAUAGGAAAAAGAUGCAUUUUUAUGUGAAUGAAGGUUUACGCCAAGUAAUAAGUAUGCAGUAAAAAUAUUAAUACACCAUAUAAAUAUUAUUAUGUUACACAAUAGCUAUUUUUAUCUAUAGUUACAAUACUUAACAAAAUGUUAUUGAACUCUAAAGUGUAACUGUUAUUGUUACAAAAUAUUUUUUAAUUUUUUAUGAUUAUGCUGUUUUUAUGAUUAACACUGCAAGUUAUUUUUACAAUUCUUAUAUUUGCAGUCUAGUCAUGCAAAAUCUUAGAACUACUAAGGCUAUUUCAUAAUUCUUUAUUAAUUAUUUUAUAAAUAUAUGGACAUACUCCAUUCCAUGAUCUCAGUCACUUUGUUUUUUAUUUUAAAAUCCACACUUUUUAUGUAUUGGCAAUGCUUAAUUUAAUAUGGAUUAAGUGUCUGAAUAUUGUUAUAUAAGACUGAUGGCAUAUUCUUAUAAACUAUCUUAACUACUACCAUUGGAUCCAUAGCAAAAAUGAACCAAUCAGAAUAGAGUUUGAAAUGGUUGUAAAGUUGAGUUAUUUUGAUUUAUUUAUUUUUUCUAAUUAAAAUAUUAGUCCAAAAAAUAUUAUACUGAUAGGUAGGUCCUUCAAAUGUGAGGGUCCAUGUGAGUAGCUACCACUGCAUUGUCUAUUUCUUUUGCCAAGCAGCAGAGCGCAUACUCUGUUAUAUUACCGUUUGAAGGACAUUAUAGCAAGGGUGAUUAAAAACUUUAAUAUGGUUUUGUAAUCUACCGCAUACAAAACUCGCCAGAGUAGAAUUAUUCUACGAUUAUAUAUAAUUUUAAUAUUAUACAUAAUAACUGACUACGAAUUAUUAGCGAAGUUAGUUGCGAUCGUUAACAUUUUUAAGAAUAUCUUCUACCUUAGAUUAGUAGACAUGAUCAAUAAUGAAGCCACUACUUCAAAUUAAUAUGAUUAUGGGUACACAUAUAUUACAAAAAAGGCUCCUAAGUUAUUAAAUUGGUGAAUUGAAUGACCGAAUUGGAGGUCUAGUAUUCCAUUAGGAAAAGAUUGUAAUAUGUAACAAUAUUUUUUAUUUUUUAAACACACUAUUUGAUUCGCUUCUUAUGUUCAUAUAUUGCAGAACAACUUAAAAUUUAUAUAGAAACAUUUACAGAAAGGUUGAUAUAAAAUAGUUUAAUCAUGCGUUUUCCUGCUAUGCCCAAAUAGUAUUAUGAUAAAGUUGUCACAAAUUAGAUAAUGGAUGCAAUAUCGAAACGUACGCAUUUGAAUUAUUAAUGGAGUUAUCUGGGAGGUAUACUUAUAUUACCUACCCAAUAUUGGGCAGCAAUUCAAUUCAAUUCUAUUCAUCCACUUUAGUCUAUAUUUAGUCUUAAAUUAUAUCUUCAAGGAAAUAAAGUUUUAUUUAUGC